CCACCACCACCACCACCACCACCACCACCACCACCACCACCACCACCAAGACCACCCCCCUUCCCCCGUCGCGCCGAUAGUACAAAACCAACCACCUACCCACCCACCCAACCACCCCUGACCAGGAACAGCUUUUCUUAACCUCACCUCCCACCUCUCUCCCUCCCUCCCUCUCUCCCGACCGUUCUCUCUUCCCCGUCACGUCUCAGGGAAACCCGGCAACAUCGAUUUUCGCACAUUUUGGCCCCGCCGAUAAAAAAACCAGUCAGCAGACAGAGUACAACAAACACGACGAAGACUGAGCUAUGGAGUCGCAAUACAACCCGCCAUCGGCGGUCAGCAGCGCCGAGGAACCGCUGCAGACUCUCAUGAACGGCGUCGGCGCUGUCGGCAAGAGCCUGGAGGGCGUCAGCGUGUGGCAGCUGCUGCUCACGUUACUGGUGCUGUCGAUAACUUACGAUCAAGUCAAGUACAUUUGGAACAAGGGUAGCAUUGUGGGUCCGACUUUCAAGAUUCCCUUCAUGGGCCCGUUCAUGGAGUCCAUGAACCCAAAGUUUGAGGAGUACCUGGCGAAAUGGAAUAGCGGCCCUCUGAGCUGUGUUUCGGUCUUUCACAAGUUCGUUGUUAUCGCUUCCACCAGAGAUCUGGCGCGCAAGGUCUUCAACUCGCCCAUGUAUGUCAACCCGUGUGUCGUGGACGUGGCCAAGAAAAUCCUCCGCCCUCAGAACUGGGUAUUCCUCGACGGAAAGCAGCACGUCGACUACCGCAAGGGUCUCAACGGGCUUUUCAACCGCAAAUCUUUGGCCCAGUAUCUUCCCCAGCAGGAGGCGAUUUACGAUCAGUACUUCCAGCGGUGGCUCAAACUGUCCGCGGAUGGACAGCCGAAGCAGUACAUGGGAGAAUUCCGCGAUAUCAACUGCGCCGUGUCGUUGAGAACUUUCUGUGGAACCUACAUCCGUGACGAGGCCGUCGCCGAGAUCUCGGAGAACUACUACCAGAUUACCGCUGCGCUCGAACUCGUCAAUUUCCCCAUCAUCAUCCCCUUCACCAAGACCUGGUACGGAAAGAAGUGCGCCGACUAUGUCAUUGAUGAGUUUGCCCGCUGCGCGGCGCUGUCGAAGGUGGCCAUGGAGGCCGGCAAUGAGCCCACUUGCACCAUGGAUUUCUGGAUCAAGUCGAUGAUCGAGUCCCGCGAGUACGACAAGAAGACCCAGGAAAUGAAGGAAGAGGCCAAGGCGAAGCCGAUGGUUAUCCGCAUGUUCUCCGACGUCGAAAUCGCCAUGACCAUCUUCACGUUCCUCUUUGCAUCCCAGGACGCUUCCUCCAGCGCAAGCACGUGGCAGUUUCAGAUCCUUGCCGAUCGCCCCGACAUUCUGGCUAAAGUCCGCGAGGAGCAACUGCGAGUCAGGGACGGUGAUCCUUACAAGCGUGUCGAUAUCGAUAUGGUCGACAAGAUGGUCUACACCCGCGCCGUCGUCAAGGAGCAGCUUCGUUACCGCCCUCCCGUCCUGAUGGUUCCCUACGAGGUCAAGAAGAGCUUCAACGUUACCCCCGACUACCGUGUUCCCAAGGGAGCAAUGAUCAUCCCGACCACAUACCCUGCCCUCCACGAUCCCGAAGUCUACGUUGAUCCCGAGACCUUCAACCCUGACCGCUGGUUGGAGGGAGGUGAGGCCGAGGCUGCCACCAAGAACUGGCUCGUCUUCGGAACUGGACCCCACGUUUGUCUAGGACAGGUGUACGCCAUUAUGAACUUCAUGUCCAUGAUUGGAAAGGCUUCGCUUUUCCUGGACUGGGAGCACACUCCUACGCCUUUGUCUGAGGAGAUUAAGGUGUUUGCGACGAUUUUCCCCCAGGACGAUUGUUACCUGACAUUCAAGGAGCGCCUACCCCUCGAGAAGGCCUCGUCAUGACAACCCCCUUCAUGAGUAAUGUAAAGGAAAGAAACAGCACGUUGCAAAACUACUAUCUCAAUGUAAUAUUAGUCUGUCCUUACACGUUUAGUUCGAUCUGUUAGGGUAUGGGUUUGCGUUUUUGCUUUUUUGGAAAAGGAUGGGAUUGUCGAUAUGUAGAGAUAUUUUACGAUGCGAGGAUGUGUAUGUUCACAGGUGCCGUGAGGCUGGGGACAGCGACGCGGGGAGUAAGGGAAGUGAGUGGAGUUGUCUGAUGUUGUACACCACCGUCACUACGGCCGUAGUUGUCACGAUCACCGGUGCCGCGGAAAGGGCGGCCAUGCUCGGUGGCAGAUCCCGUCAUGUCAGUACGUUAUAUGGCCAAGUACAUAUGUAAUAGUAAUUUGAGCUGUCUUGUCUAAAUUACUCCGAAG